AAUGGGUGAACUCGACGAAAAAGCUACAGCAGACGAAUUAGCUUCGUUUUGCGCGAGUGGAAGAACCGGAAGGAGAAAUGCUUUACCAGAAUUAGACGUAGAAAGCACAUCCAGCAAUAAUAACGAACAAAAUGAAAAUACAGAAAAUAAUUUAGCAGAACGUUUUUCUAAAUUGGAAACAACCCCAAAUACAGAAGAAACAAAAUUAAAAAUAGAUGAGUGCCAAAAAUGUACUUCUUCAACCUCUCAAAUUAAUGAAACGAGGGAAAAAGAGGCAUCACAAACUUAAUGAAAUAAUUUUUUUAUUUUUGUAUUUAAAUUUAAAAAAAUAAAUUGCUUUAAUUAUUUUUAAAUUUUUUUUAAAUUUUUUAAUGUGAGUAGUGGGUGCCAGGAAUGAGCUGGUGUGAGAAAAAAGUCGAGUCAGUUUUUGGGUCGGGGUUUUUUGCAAUUUUAUUCGGAUAGGGUUGCGACUUCUCGAUUCUCAUAGGAUCCUCCCUGUCCUGUCCAGGGUGGGCGUAAGAGACAAUAUCUAAA